GGGGCACGCACGCGCACUCACUAACGAACAUGGAGACCAGGUCUCGUAUCCUUCACCUAGCGAUCGUGGCUGUGCUAGCGGCCACCAUUACCUGCGAGAAAAAUGGCAGGAAGGAGCAGCAGGAAUGUCACCACUACGCCGGCGGCCAUGUGUAUCCAGGAGAGGCUUUCAGGGUGCUGGGCUCCGAUCACUCGCUUCACCUCAGCAAAGCCAAGAUUUCAAAACCUGCACCAGACUGGGAAGGGACAGCAGUAAUAAAUGGAGAAUUCAAAGAUCUGAAGCUUACAGAUUAUAGAGGCAAAUACCUUGUCUUCUUUUUCUAUCCACUUGAUUUCACAUUUGUUUGUCCAACUGAGAUCAUAGCUUUUGGUGACAGAAUUGAUGAGUUUAGAGCUAUUAACACAGAGGUGGUAGCUUGUUCUGUUGACUCUCAGUUUACACACUUGGCAUGGAUAAAUACACCAAGAAAACAAGGUGGAUUAGGACCAAUGAAGAUCCCAUUACUCUCAGAUCUAACACAUCAAAUUGCAAAGGAUUAUGGCGUGUAUUUAGAGGAUCAAGGCCACACACUUAGAGGACUUUUUAUCAUUGAUGACAAAGGAAUACUGAGGCAAAUUACAAUGAAUGAUCUUCCAGUAGGGCGUUCAGUGGAUGAAACGCUUCGUUUAGUUCAAGCAUUCCAGUACACUGAUGCACACGGUGAAGUUUGCCCAGCUGGUUGGAAACCUGGAAGUGACACGAUUAAACCAGAAGAAGUCAUGAAAAAGUGGUGGCCACGAGAAGACUUAUAAUUCCAGAUCCAGCUGGAAAACUAAAGUAUUUUGAUAGAAAACAUUAAGCUUAAUUACAUUGGUGUUUUUUUAAUAUCUGGUUCCUGAUUCAAACAAUAAAACAAUUAAUUCUU